AUGACAACUAAAGUUCAAUGGAAACGUCUUGAAACAACAAGCGGUGCGAAUCCCAAACCACGGCAUGGUCAUCGAGCAGUAGCUGUCAAAGAUUUGAUCAUCAUUUUCGGUGGAGGAAACGAAGGCAUUGUCGAAGAUUUGAAUGUUUUUAAUUGCACAACGAAUCAAUGGUUUCAACCAGUAGUCAAAGGAGAGAUACCAACUGGUUGUGCAGCUUUUGGUUUUGCUACUGAUGGCGUACGGAUACUUGUUUUUGGUGGAAUGAUUGAAUAUGGGAAAUAUUCAGCAGAUCUUUGGGAAUUGAAUCCUUUGACAUGGACGUGGAAGAAGAUCAAACCGAAGCCACCACGAACCUCUCCAUCACCUUGUGCUCGACUCGGACACACGUUCACAUAUGCUGAUGGAAAAUAUUAUGUGUUUGGUGGUUUAGCAAAUGAUAGUAAAGAUCCUAAACAGAAUCUCCCACGGUAUUUGAAUGAUUUGUACGCAUUGGAAGGUAAAGGAAAUAAUUUUUCUUGGGAACAACCUAUUCUUCGUGGUGCACAACCAAUGGAACGAGAAUCUCAUUCGUGUGUUGCAUAUCGAGGGCAAACUGAAAAUCGACCGAAGUUAAUUAUCUAUGGCGGAAUGAAUGGUCAUCGAUUAGGCGAUCUCUGGAGUUUCCAUAUUGAUUUUCCGCAAUGGACACAGAUAACUUCGUCUGGUCUAGCACCACAACCUCGUAGUCUUCAUUCGGCAGUUGUUAUUGGACAUCGUAUGCUUGUCUUCGGUGGUUGGGUGCCAUUGAUUUUCUCUGAUAAAAAUGAACAAAUUACUCAUGAAAAAGAAUGGAAAUGUACGAAUACCUUAGCUUCGUUUAAUUUAGAAACAAAUACAUGGGAACUUCUUGGACAAGAAUGUCUCGAUGAAAAUGUUCCACGGGCGCGUGCUGGUCAUUGUGCUGUUGCUGUAAAUACAAGAAUGUACAUAUGGAGUGGAAGAGAUGGUUAUCGAAAAGCGUGGAAUAAUCAAGUCUGUUGUAAAGACUUAUGGUGUUUAGAAACAGCAUGUCCAGGUGAACUAGAAAAAGUGCAAUUACUUAAGGCAGGAAUUGGAAAUUUGGAAAUAUCGUGGACUACUGUUCCAACUGCUGAUUCAUACAUCUUACAAAUUCAACGUGUUGAUACACCUGUCGAACAGUUACCACCAACGCCUACAAUUCUACCGCAGACACCGAUUAAUCCACCUUCGAUGCCGCUGCAAUCUAUUUCAGCUUCGUUAUUUGCAUCGAAAAGUCCUCAGUCAGUGCUUGCAUCAUUAAUUCCGACAUUCACCAAUGAACAACAGCCAACCAGUGCAUCUGCUUCUGCGAUAUCUGACACAAAUGCUGUAACUGAUCAGUGUCUUUCGCCAUCCACCCUUCUAAAUAAAUCUGCAUCAGACUUACUCUCCUUGGCACAUUUAUCGUCAUCUCAAACACCAAUAUCUUCUUCAAUAAGCACAGUCAAUCCUCAAACAUUACCCACUAUAACACAACCUUCGAACAGUACUCCGAAUUCAUCCUUACUCUUUCAAAAACCUGUUUCAGCAACUACGUCAACCGUUCGACCAACAACACCCUCGAACUUCCAAUUUGUCAAUACAACUGCCAACUCGACUGUUCGUCCAAUAGUCCUUCAUCAAAAAGGUGCAACGGCAACAUCACAGCCACAACUUCUUACCGUAAUGCCUGCUGGCGUUCGCGUUCAACAACUAACUCCUGUUGUACGUGCUACAUCGGGACAGCCGACAACCAUUGUUCGAUUUAUGGCGCCAGGUACAUCAACGAUUCGAACUGGCACCGGACAACAACAAAUUAUCCAACUUAACACCAAUAAACAACAACAACCAUUGGUUAUAAAAGCUAUAACAGCAUCUACAGCUAAUCGACAACAAACACAACAACAACCAAUUCUAAUAACUACUAAUACUCAACAGAAAACUAUUUUGCCUCAAAAUCAACAACAACAAGUCUUAGUCAUCAAUCAAAACAUACUGAGUAACAAUCAAGGACAACAAGCAAAAUUCACAUUGCAAACACCGAAUAUUGAUCCGCCUCCUUUAACUAAGAAUGAUCACGAGUCACAAGAACCGGGGCCACCAUCGUCAUCAACAACAACAACAACAACAACAACAUCAAAAGAUGCUCCCAUUCCACAACUUGAUGGCACUGUUGAUGAUCAGUCUUUGCACAAUGGCUCGACUGAUUUGUCAACUUCGUCCAAUGGAACACGGAUAACUGCAUCAACUAGUGAUUCUCAACAAGUAUCAAAUCAUCAAGAAAAUUUAUCAUCAUCAACAGCAACAACAACAGAGACGAAUGAUGAUGGUUGGCAUUUGGUUGGAACGUUCAAAACAACAACAGCUGAUAUAAAACAUUAUUAUGUUCUAUCAUCAAAAAUCGACACUGAUAGUUAUGAUCUCGCUUCAUUACAAGCCCAAAAUUUAGUUAAAAAGGUGGAUUUAGAACCAGGUGUUAUCUACAAACUACGUAUAGCAGCAGAGAACUCAUGUGGCCGCGGUCCAUGGAGUGAAGCAGCAGCGUUCAAAACAUGUUUGCCAGGUGCACCACCAGCACCAUCCAAUAUCAAAAUUACCAAAACGUCCGACGGUGGUGCGCAUCUAACAUGGGAUCCUCCAUCAAGUUCUUCAUCUCUAAUUACUGGUUAUGCUGUUUACUUAGCAGUGAAAAACUCACCGACAGAUAAUACAACAGUUCGUCAGCAGCAAGCCCAACAAGCGUCUCAAAUGGCCUUUGUUCGAGUUUAUGGUGGUGCCCUAGCUGAAUGUUCUGUCAAUGGUGGUCAACUUCUUCAAGCACAUUUGGAUGUCAGUUCGAGUAGUAAACCAGCAAUUAUUUUUCGUAUUGCUGCACGAAACGAACGUGGCUACGGUCCAGCGACACAAGUUCGAUGGUUACAGGACCAACAACAAUCCCCGCAUCAUAAUGCGAAUGCGAACAGUUCGACAAAACGAACGAGUUCAAAUGCGAAUUCAUCAGCGAAAAAACAACGAUUGGCCCCUACUGAUACAUAA